GGACAGUCUUUUUUCGAAUUUUGAUUUAUUUUUUUAAUCAAAAUUAUUAUUUUCCUUUUUUGAUUAGGAAACUGUUCAAUUUGGGAUCUGUCCCAUCCUUCCCACUUGUCUGCUGCCUACCUGUUCCUCCCCCUCCAGUCCGGGUACUGCUGUUGGCACACGGGUGACUCUUCAGAGUUCGGGCACGACAGUGCAUGCCACUGCUCACUCGAUCACAGACCAAAGGCAUGGACCAGAAGGCGGGAGAAUCCCUCCUGGCCUAUGAGGAACGCUUGGUUGCGUUCAUCCAGGAGGCCAACGAUAAGGCCGCCGCCGCGGCCAAGGAACGGAACCGGAUUGAGAAAGAGGAGGAGACCAAGCGACAGCAGGAGGAACACGACCGACUUCGUCAAGAGGAGGCAGACCUGCAGGCUGCAAUUGAACACCGGUCCCGCCAACGCGAACGACUGUUCACACGGGAGACCGCGAUCGGUGAUGAAACCGCACAAUGGGUGGAGAUGGCAGCUGCGGACGAGGCCUCGGAGACUGACAAAGGGCUGUCAGCCCAGGAGGAAAUUCUUCGCCUGCAGCAGACAGUGGACCAGAUGCUUGUACGGCUGCAGGCGUUCGAGAAACAGCCAAUCGCUGCAGCAGUCGAAGGGCCUUCAAAGCUUGCCACCCGUGUUCAAGUUUUGGAGGAUGACGUCAACAACAUUAAGCUUGUGCAUCAGGACUUCAGGACGUCGCAGCAAGCAACGAACUUACAGUUGGAGACGCAGGUCCAGGCUGCUGCCACCGUGACGCCCGCCGCCUCAUCCUCCCGGCGCCCACCCAAACUGGAUGACAUUCCAGUUUUCUGCGAUCAGUCCAAGACGGAACCGAUCCCGUGGUGGCGCCAGUUUACUGUCAAGCUCGGCAUGCACCAUGUCCCGAACAACGAUCGACAUCCGUGCUUGUACCACCGAUCUGGUGGUGCAUGUCAAGCAUGGCUGGACAACAUCUUGAUCAGCCACGGCGUGGCAGUGUCGGAACUGCACACCAAGCUCACUUGGCAGGAGUUGACUGACGCCUGGCACAAGCGAUUCCAAGUGGAGCCGCCCGACCUGCAAGCGAUGGACAAGCUCAACAAGCUCCAUCAGAACACGCUGCUCAGUCAGGACUGGAUUACCGAGUUCCAAAGACUCGCYUCCRCMCCUGAYCUGCCGCUCGCAUUCCGCGCCAUCAAGCACUUGUUUAUCAUGCGCUCGUGUCCAGCUCUGCAAAACGCGCUGACGCAGAUUGAAGAGACACUCGACACAUCUGACAAGCUUUUUAGCACAGUGUCACGGAUCAUUCUCACGAAUAUCGAAGCCCGCAACGCCGGCCGAUCCUCCGCGACAACGAGCGGCACCCAGCCCAAGCCAAAGGUGGCUUGCAUUACUUCUACCGAGGCUGCAACACCAAACGAGGGUGAAGUGUUGGCAGCUGCCCGGGAUGGUGGCCGGCCGCGCAACAACCACGGCCGCGACAAGACGAAGACUCAGUCCACCUCUACACCGAGCACCGGAUCAGCGGCCGACGCACCUUGGGCACAAUACGGACUCUCGGCGAAUUCUUAUCGCACGAGACUCAAGUACCGUUACUGCCUUUGGUGCAAUAGCACCAUCCACGAUGCUGCACAUUGCCCCACCAAGGGGAAACCCCGUUCGGGAAAUCUUCCACUUUCGUUCGAAGACUUCGCUGCCCGGCUCGUUCCUUCACUGGAUGCUUCUCAAGGACAAGAUACAUGUGCGGCUUUCUCAUCGUCCGGAGGUUACUCCGCCACUUCGUCUUCAUCAAGGGAUUUGGCAAGCGCAUUCAACGAGGAGGUCUUGGACCCGCUCAUGCCCGAGGACUUCGCUUGGAUUCCUCUCCCUACGACGGGCAACCUUCCGGGGCCGCAAAGCGCAACACUAUGCGCCCUCUUACACGAGUAUCUUUCCUUCCGUGCACCACCAACUUCGCCGACGGUAGACGAAGUCGCGGUGGGGGACAUGCUUGGCUAUGUUGCCAAAGUGGCCCGCGAGUUUGUCUCGCAACGGUACGAAGAAAACAACGCACCGUUGCUCUACGUUCGCAUUCAGAUUGGGCAAGCGGCCUGCAACGCUUUGCUAGAUUGCGGCGCAACUCGCAACUUCAUCAGCCAGUCCUUCAUGACUCGGGUUGGCCUUGGCGCACAAGUACGGAGGAAGUCACAUCCGACGAUGGUCGCUCUUGCUGACGAUGAGUUCCCGGAUGUUUUUGAGACACCCUCCGGUAUAGUGCCGGACUGGCCAAUCUCUCACGAGAUCAUACUUGAGGCCGGCGCCGUGCCACCGAAGGGAUGCAUUUAUCGCAUGUCCGAGGAGGAGCUCACGGUUCUCCGUGCGCAACUCGACAAUCUACUUGACAAGGGUUGGAUCCGCCCUAGCAGCUCACCUUACGGUGCGCCCGUUCUCUUCGUUCGGAAGAAGAACAAGGACCUUCGACUUUGCAUUGACUACCGACGCCUCAACGCGCAAACCAUCAAGAACGCCGCGGGGCCUCUACCUCGCAUUGACGAUUUGCUUGAGUGGGUGGGCGGCGCCAAGUACUUUUCGAAGUUGGACCUCAAGUCCGGCUACCAUCAGAUUUCCAUCCGCCCGCAAGAUCGGUACAAAACCGCAUUUAAGACGCGAUAUGGGCAUUUUGAGUGGGUUGUUAUGCCUUUUGGCCUCACCAAUGCCCCGACCACCUUUCAGGCGGCCAUGACCACCGAGUUUCACGCUAUGUUGGACCGCUUAGACGACAUCCUCGUCUAUAGCCGAACUCUAGAGGAGCAUCUCGAGCCCCUUCGCCGUGUUCUAGAGACUCUUCUGUCAGCCCGGUACAAAGCUAACCGCGACAAAUGCGAGUUUGUCCGGCAAGAGUUUGAAUACUUGGGUCAUUUUGUCUUUCCGGAAGGCAUUCGUCCGUUGGCGGACAAGAUUCAAGCCAUCCAUGAGUGGCCUGAGCCAAAGAAUGUGACGGGCGUCCGAGCCUUCCUCGGCUUGGCCGGUUAUUAUCAGCGUAUCAUUAAGAGUUACUCGAAGAUCGCGGCCAACCUAAGCAAGUUACAAAGCGAGGAGCGGCCUUUUGACUUCGACGACGAUGCGCGCCAUUCUUUUGAAACACUCAAAGCGGCACUCUUAUCCGCCGAGGUGUUACAUAUUUACGACCCGCUUCUAGCUACGCGCAUCACUACCGAUGCGUCAGGCUAUGACAUUGGGGCCGUCCUUGAGCAGCACGAUGGCACGGAGUGGGAGCCGGUCGAGUACUUUAGCAAGAAAGUACCUCCCGUGCAUUCGAUCGACGACGCACGGAAGAAGGAGCUUCUUGCCUUCGUCCACGCCCUCAAGCGUUGGCGACAUUUCCUCCUUGGUCAGAAAGCAUUCCGAUGGGUAACGGAUAACAAUCCGUUGGUAUUCUACAAGUCGCAAGACACGAUUAACAGUACCAUUGCCCGAUGGAUUGCUUUCAUCGACCAGUUUGACUUUUUCCCCGAUCACAUUCCCGGGAAGUCAAACCGUUUUGCGGACGCCCUCUCACGACGACCGGAUCUUUGCACCGCAGUCUACUCUACCUUCGAGAUCGACGACGACUUGCGGGAGAGCUUCAUCCGCGGAUAUCAAGCCGACCCCCACUUUCGCGACAAGUACACGAAUUGCUCCUCUCCGAAUCCGGUGUCUUUGCAUUAUCGGAUCCAAGAGGGCUACUUACUUCGGUUCUAUUGGCCCGACCUUCUCAAGGACGCCACCCGCUAUUGUGAGUCGUGCGAAGUCUGUCGGCGUUGCAAGUCAUACAACCAUGGUCCGUUUGGCGAGCUACACCCACUACCAGUUCCCCUUGGGCGACAGGAAGCGAUUGCUAUGGAUAUCACCGGCCCCUUCCCGAAGCACAAGACCGGCGUUGAUGGGAUCCUCACGGUCGUCGACCGCCUCACCAAGUAUGCCAUGUUUUUGCCUUGCCGCUAUCACGCAAAGGCAGCGGAGUUAGCCGAGGUCUUAUACACUGAUUGGAUUCGCUCCAAGGGCUACCCCAAGGAGAUCGUUUGCGACCGGGACACUCGCUUUCUCUCCGACUUUUGGGUCGCCCUCGUCAAGCGAUGGGGCUCAUCUUUGAAGCCGAGUUCGGCUCGCCACCCGCAAACCAAUGGUCAAACGGAAAGGGCGCAGCAGACCACUCAAGUCCUUCUACGCACUCUCAUCCGUCCCGAUCAGGUUGAUUGGGUUGGGCGCUUGCCAGACGUUGAGUUGGCUUACCACUCAUCGAUCCAUCCGGCUAUCGGGAUGUCGCCAUUCGAGUUUGAGCAUGGUUCACCCAUCUCAUCGCCGCUGGACGCCACUUUGCCGCGCACAGCCGAGAGCGACGACCAUCUUGCGUUCCUUCGUCGCAUGCAAGUACUUCUUGUCAAGGCACGUGAUCAAAUGUCGAAGACGCAAAUACGGAUGAGCCGUCAAGCCAACCGCAAUCGCCUUCCUUGCCCGUUCCACGCCGACGAUCUGGUUUGGGUCUCCGCUGCGGAGUUCAGCCUUGAGCAAGACAUCUCUCGCAAGCUCCUUCCCAAGUGGAUGGGGCCUUGGCGCAUUCUCUCUACAGUUGGUGAUGAUCCCGAGGGGCCUUCAUUCCGCAUCGCGGUGCCACCUCACUUGCCCGUCUACACGGUGUUCCACUGUUCCAAACUCGCUCCUUUCGUUUCAGCGGAGUCGGACGAGUUUCCCGGUCGACGUACGCAAGACCCUCCUUCCAUGGACGGAUUUCAGGAGGCCGGCUACAUCAUCACCGACCGGCGCCAUGGCAACAAAGAAACAGAGUUCCUACUUCACUUUUCCUACUGCAGCCACAAGGCUGACCGUUGGCUGACGCGUUCAGAACUGCAGGCCACAGCUCCCGCCGUUCUCUCACCAGCGAGAGCUGUCUCGUCAUCUUCUUCUUUCUCUCCUCCCUCUCAUCCAGCUCCCUCUGCCCCAGGAUCCAAUCCUGUCCCUUCAUCUCCGCCAUAUCCAACUCCCAAUCCUCCACCCUCUUCUUCGGCAACAACAACUCCCUAUACUCCUCCCUCUUCUUCAGCACCAACAACUACCAAACCGCCUCCUCCCUCUCGUGCCGCUCUUGGGGGAGACAUGCCUCCUUCAUCACCAGCUUCUGAAGACCCAGUAGCGGUUGAAGUAGUGGCCAGCGGUCCCGACAGCUGGCCGACGAAUCCUCUGUCGGGAUCUUCUCCCGCUCUGGCGUCUACCCAAGCUGGAAUCGAACCGUUGCCCUCCGUAUCUGGGGAAGUCAGCAGCGUAUCGUCUCCUGCGGUCGCCGCCGAAGCCUCCAAUUCCUCGCCUAUAUUGGUCCCGACAUCACAAUGGACUCCUCAGACCCCCCCCCCCUCCGCAUCCCGAUCCCAAUCUCCUCCAGCGACGGGAUCGAGCAAAUCUGUUGGCGUCAACAUCGGAUUCGGCCUAAGCACGCAGCAACUGGAUGCGACCCAGACGGUGGCCAUCUUGCAGAGGAUCAAAGCGACUUCCGUCAAACUGUUCGGUGACCACAACGACACUCUUGCAGAGGUCGGCGCGUUCUUCACCGCAAUUGCGGGAACGGGAAUCGAUGUUGUCAUCUCCACGUCGAAUGACCAAGUCGCGCGCUUCGCUGCUAAUGCCAACAACGAAACGGCGGCUUUCGUUCAGUCGAAGAUCGUCAGCCGUCCAGAUGUCAAGAUCUCCGCCAUCGUGGUUGGCAAUAACCUUCUUUCACAAGGCGACACUACGCUUGCAACCUCGCUGAUUCCCGCAAUGAAGAAUUUACAGCUGGCUCUCGUUGCAGCUGGUCUAAGCGAGACCGUCAAACUCGUCACCCCCAUUAGUUUAGAUGUCCUCACCGGGGGGUAUAAUCCCCCCAGCAGUGGGGCAUUUAGCGAGUCGUCCCUGCCCGUAAUAACCCCACUGCUGGAGUUUCUAAAUUCAACAGGCUCCAGUUUCAUGGUGGAUGCCUUCCCAUUUUUCGCCGCCAAGGACCCAGCGCAAGGGGUCGACCUCUCUUUCGCCUUGGGCGCUGCAGAAGCAGCCCCGYUGGUCGACAGCGCCCUGACAUACACGAACGCGAUGGACAUGAUGGUGGAUGCCGUGGCCUACGCCAUUGGGAAGCAGGGGUUCUCUAUGGUSCYGAUCUCGAUCGGGUCGACCGGGUGGCCAACGCAGGGAGACGCGAUCGCGACCGUGGCCAACGCCGAGAAGUUCAACAAGAACCUGGUCGGGAAUCUGGUCAGUGGGAGGGGGACACCAAGGCUUCCAGGAGUUUCCAUGCAAGCCUACAUCUUCGAGUUGCUGGACGAAGACAACAAGAGUUGGGGCCCAUCAGAGACCGACCUCUUCGAUCGUCAUUGGGGUAUUUUUGACUUGGUGGGAAUAGCCAAGUACGAAAUUUAUUUGUCAGCCCCCGUUGCUGCUGCCAGUCCAUCACAUGCAACCCCAACUCCACCUACCACCCCUGUCGACUCCACAGCUCAACCUUCCGCCCCCUCUCUUUCCAUCACUCCACCUCCUGUGGACUCUACACCUCCACCUGCAAACCCCUCUGCUCCCGUUAGUACCCCCCCUGCAGACCCCUCUGCUCCAGCACUUGUACCUGCAGACCCCUCUGUUCCCGUUACCCCCCCUGCAAACCCCUCUGCUUCCGCAGUCGUACCUGUAGUAGUCUCCUCUGCUCCCAUUAGUACCCCGCCUGCGAACCCCUCUGCUCCAGCACUUGUACCUGCCGACUCCUCUGUUACCACUACUCCACCUGCAACCCCCUCUGCUGCCUCAAAUGCCACUAACCCUCCUACGAUUGACCCCUCUUGCGUUCCGGGCAAUCCGGCAAUUGCGCAAACUGGAGGUGCGGGGACUUACUGCGUCGCCAAUGACUGUGCAGCGGAGAGCGUGUUAUUAGAUGGGCUUAACUGGGUGUGCGAGACCACGGACUGCAGCCCCAUUAACCCCGGAGGAACCUGCUUCGAACCCAACACUACUGUGGCACACGCUUCCUGGGCCUUCAACUUAAAAUAUGUGAGCGCUUUGAGAGACAAAGGGCAAUGCUACUUUGGUGGGAGCGGCUUGAUCGUGGAUGUGAACCCAUCUGUGGGGACCUGCACUUAUGGGUGAAGAAGCUGUACAGACACAAUGGCAUCUAGGUUGGGAGCCAAAAGGGGUGGGGCCCGUGGCAGGGAAGGGGGUAAGUAAAAUAUUGAAUCGGUC